AUGGCGCGUCGGUUACCCCACAGCGAGGAGUGUGAGAAAGGUCGAGGGAGACCGCGCGUCAGCGGCUCUAUCCCUCCAUUCUCAAAGGCCUUGAUGGUUGUGCCCAGGCACUGGCAUGGGCUGGUCUGCCGCCUGUCAGGGCGCCUCAACAAAACGCACCGCGCGGACGACGCGGAGGCCCGCAUCAUGGACGUGCUGCGCCAGUUCCGCACCGCCUGCGAGACGGCGCGCACGACCGAGGAGGUCCGGUUGUACAAGCUGUGCCUCGACGCGGCGCAGCGCGAGAUCUCGCGCGCAGGGCGUGGUCAACCGGCUCGAGGCAGAUAG